AUGGAAUCAAACCUCGAACUCGGGGAAUCUUUUCUCGAGGGUUCUUUAAGAAAGAAGACCCAGGAAACAUCCAGAGUCAAAGCAACCACUACUUUAAUCAUCCUCAUCGUUCUUCUGUCUCUGAACAUUCCCAUUGCCGACCUGCUCUACACUCCUCCACCUUACACAAGUUGUCGACCUCUCCUACCGCCCACUGUGGAUCAUCACGCAAAGAGGCCAAAUCAAUGGGCUUUUCUCCUGGUUACCAACAGACUGUUACGACGCAGAACUCACAGAGAACUUCCUUGGCUUGACGAUUACGACGAGCUAUUUGUUUCGUGGGGAUACCAUCUGCUCCACUGCACGUACACAUGGCGGAAGAUGCACCAGGCCCUGUUGCGGGGCCGGCCUGUGGAUAAUUACAUCGGAAAGUAUAAUCACACGGCGCACUGCGAAGCAAUGCUUCUUGCACAACACAUCGAGCACAACAGCACCAACACCAUUAUCCAGACUAAGUUUGUCUCUUGCUAG